AUCGACGAACGAUAAGAGUACGACGACGAAAAUGAUCUACGAGUGCAAAUGGUGUUUCCCUCCUUCGUUUAAUUUACACCAGAAACGUAUCGACGGAUCACGAUCGCAGUGCAUGCCAAGUUGAAGUGAACUUUACGACAUGGAUUACUACGCAAGCCCGCAUGGAUAAUGCGUGUUUUCUACCGCGAUGUACAGUGAUUAUUGAUACCGAUACCGUUUUCGACUCAACCAGGAUGCAGCCGCAACAUGAGCAACGACGGGAGCUCGUCGCCGACUGCUGUUACCAGCAAUGGCCAGCGCAUCAUCACCAUCACCACCAUCAUCACCAGCAUCAGCAUCAUCACCUGCAUCAGCAUCAUCAUCAGUAUCAGCAACUGUCCGCUGUACCAUCGCCGAUGCAACAAAUGGAAGGUGAACUACGCAUUCUGGUCUGUCUUGUGUAA